AUGUCUAAUUCAUCUCUUGAUUAUGAGCAGCAAAUAUAUGGUAAGUUGCCAAAUGAUAUCUCAGAUAGGCAUGUGUUACUGUGGGAUCCUAUCUUAGGCACAGGAACGGUGUAUCAGAGUCCAAUAUUAUAUUUUCUUAACCCAUUCUUGCCAGGCACCUCAAGAACUUUAAGUGGAAAAUUUGUUUCUGUCUCCAUCGAAGAAGUUGAAACCUUACUCCUGUGUCACAAAGCUCAUCUUGAGCAUUUUUGCAAGCAAACCGUAGCUACUGCGGCCGUCACUGUUUCUUCCACUGCAUCAAACCCUUACUUCGGCUCCGUUACCUGA